AUGGCGAGACCUUGUAACCCCGACUAUGUCAACGCCGACUGGUCGUUCUAUCGGUUCGAGCCGUCAACGGCAGCGGCCAUCUUCUUCUGCAUCAUCUACAUCCUUACCACCGGGCUUCAUAUGUUCCAGAUGAUCAGGACAAAGACAUGGUACAUGACCGCGUUUGUGAUUGGUGGCGUGUGCGAGUUUGUCGGAUACGCUUCUCGAGCAAAGAACACAUUGGAGAACCCCGGAUGCUGGACUCUCGGGCCGUACAUCAUCCAGAACGUACUGCUGCUCAUCGCCCCGGCACUGAUGGCGGCUUCCAUCUACAUGAUCCUCGGCCGAAUCAUCGAAUUGACCGACGGUGAAAGCCAUGCCUUGAUCAAGAGACGCUGGUUGACCAAGAUCUUCGUUUCCGGCGACGUCCUGUCCCUGCUGCUACAAUCAAGUGGUGGUGGUAUGAUGGCUUCCGCUGGCGAGGGCAACAACAUGAUGGAGAUUGGAGAGAAUGUCAUCAUCGUCGGUCUCUUCGUGCAACUCGCCGUCUUUGGGUUCUUCAUUGUCACCGCUGCGCUCUUCCACCGCCGCAUGAAGCUGGUGCCGACUGCCAAGUCCCACCAGCCCGAGAUCCGCUGGGGCUACUACCUCCUGACGCUCUACGUCACCAGCGUCCUCAUCUGGGUUCGAAGCGUCUUUCGUGUCAUUGAGUACCUGGAGGGCAACAAGGGCCACCUCAUGACCAACGAGGUGUACGUGUACAUCUUCGACGCGACGCUCAUGUUCCUCGUCAUGGUGUGGAUGAACUGGUUCCACCCGAGCGAGAUUGGGCUGCUGCUCCGCGGUGACCGGCCCAUCAAGAACGGGCUCGAGCUCGUCAUGAUGGGGAGGAAGUUUGGCAAGAUUCACAACGAAAGCAGCAGCAUGAGCGCAUAG